CGUGUUUGUGUGAUCAGGGAGUGCGCAGCCGGGGGAAAGCUUCGCCGUUUCAUUCAUUUGUUGGCAGUGACGUGAAGCAAAAGUGACCAGCAAGGAAGAUGUCUCACGAACUGAAGCAUGUAUUCGCCAGCCUCCCACAGAUGGAGAGGGGAGUUGCGAAAGUGAUUGGCGGCGAUCCCAAAGGAAACACCUUCCUCUAUACCAACGGGAAGUGUGUCAUCAUCAGGAACAUUGAAAACCCGUCCAUCGCCGACAUCUACACCGAACACGCCCACACGGCGACCGUCGCCAAGUACGCCCCGAGCGGAUACUACAUCGCAUCUGGAGAUGCAUCAGGAAAGAUCCGCAUCUGGGACACCACCCAGAAAGAGCACAUCCUCAAGUACGAGUACACGCCCAUUUCAGGCAAGGUCAAGGACAUCGCCUGGACCGAGGACAGCAAGAGGAUGGCUGUCGUUGGGGAGGGACGAGAGAAGUUCGGCUCCGUGUUCCUGUGGGACACCGGCGCCUCGGUCGGGGACCUCCACGGCCACUGCAAGGCCAUCAACAGCGUGGACAUCAAGCAGUCGCGCCCGUACCGCCUCGCCCUCGGCAGCGACGACACCUGCGGAUCGUUCUUCAAGGGGCCGCCCUUCAAGUUCGAGUUCACUCUCCGGGACCACAACCAGUUUGUCAACUGUGUUCGUUUCUCUCCAGAUGGAAAGUUUUUUGUUACAGCUGGAGCUGAUGGCCAGAUCUUCCUCUACGAGGGAAGCGAUGGAAAGCUCGUUUCCUCACUGGGUGGAGAGAAGGCCCACAACGGAGGCGUCUAUGCUGUCAGCUGGAGCCCCGACAGCUCCCAGCUGAUGUCCGCCUCGGGGGACAAGACGGUGAAGCUGUGGGACGUCGGCGCCGGCACAGCCGUCACCACCUUCAACCUGGGCGCCGACGUGUCGGACCAGCAGCUGGGCUGCCUGUGGCAGAACGACCACCUCCUCAGCAUCUCCCUGUCGGGCUACAUCAACUACCUGGACAAGAACAGCCCCGACCGGCCCAUCCGCACCAUCAAGGGCCACAGCAAGUCCAUCCAGUGCCUGACGGUUCACAGGAAGGACGGGCGGCCACACAUCUACUCGGGGAGCCACGACGGACACAUCAAUUACUGGGAUGCGGAGACCGGCGAGAACGACUGCUUCUCGGGGAAAGGCCACACCAACCAGGUGAGCAAGAUGACGACGGACGACGCCAACCAGCUGGUGACGUGCAGCAUGGACGACACGCUGCGCUACACCAACCUCGACAAGACGGAGUACAGUUCCUCCCAUGUGGUGAAGAUGGAUUUCCAGCCUAAAAGUGUGUCCACGGCUCCAGGAGGGCUGUCGCUGGUGGUGUGCAUCGGCCAGGUCGUCUUGCUGAAGGACAAGAAGAAAGUCUUCACGUUGGACGGUCUCGACUACGAACCCGAGGUCGGCGCCCUCCACCCCGGGGGCGCCGUCGCUGCAGUGGGCGGCGCGGAAGGGGGCGUCCGUCUGUACAGCAUCCAGGGCAACACUCUGAAGGUCGAGGGUCAGACCCUCCCGACCGCGGGCGCCGUCACGGGCAUGGCGUACUCCGACGACGGCGCCUACCUGGCGGUCAUCGAUGACAGGAAAGUGACCAUGGCGUUUACCGUGGCCGACGACUACUCGUUAAAAAACGAGUACCACGGUCACCACGCCAAGCCGGUGACUCUGGCGUGGUCGCCGGACAACCAGCACUUUGCCACCGGCGGGAUGGACAUGAUCGUCUUCAUCUGGAACAUCGACGACUCGGACCGGAGGAUCAAGCUCCCAGACGCUCACCGGCUGCACCACGUCAGCGGCCUGGCGUGGGUGGACGAGCACACGCUGGUCACCACCUCCCACGACGCCUGCAUCAAGCAGUGGACCAUCCGAUACUGAGCUCCUCCUCCUCCUCCUCUUCCUCCUGUCUCGUCACUGAACGGCAUCUGUAAACAUCUGAAUUGUACAUUUUUGGGCUCUGGCUGGGGUAUAAAAAAAAAAGCUCCCUUUUUAAAUAAUGACGACUCUUCGAUGUGAUUCUCCUCGACGCGGAGGCGACCCGGCGGCGCCGCGAGUUGCAUCUCCGAGCGCCGCGGACCCGCCGUGUAAUCUGUGAGCUCGACAUUCCGUAAUAAUCGCUUCCUCUCGGGUCGCAUCUGAAAUCCUCCCGUGUCGAUCUUUUGGGCUCGAUGCAGAUUGAAUAAAUGCAAUUUUUUUUUUUUCUUCUAAAAACUUUCUGGUUCCAUUACUGAAAUGAGCAGGAACCGGUGUGACACAUUUAAAUGUCGGCGGUGUAAAGGGGUGUGUGUUUGUCUUUUAGGUCUAAGGUUUUAUACUUUAUGUAUCACUACUUUUCUUGUUGACAUGGAGUGAUGAUGAAAGAACAAAGGAGGCUGACAGUCCCGUGUUGUUGCUUCUCUUUUGACCCACUAUGCUUGUCUGCACUUGUGCCCGCCCCCCCCCUCAUGUCUUUAUGCAUUAUUAAUUAAUAAUAAAACAUUUUUAUGCAUUUUA